AUGGUGGUUCUCAAUCCUAACAACUGGCAUUGGAUCGACAAAAACACUCUUCCAUGGACUGAAUCGUACCUGCAAAAUUUGCCCGCAAAAGUCUCGUGUACAUCUGUCCCCGAUGCUCCCCACACAGUGCGGGUUGUGAAACUGGACUCUGUCUCGGGAGAUUCAAACGUCUCGCAACGCAAAGGUAAGGUCAUCUGCUACUUCGAUCUCAACGUUCAGUUCGUGACGCAGGUCCUGGCGACAGAAUCGGACACCAUGGUUUGCGAGGGCAAAAUCUUGGUUCCAGAGCUAGUACACGAUGAAACGGACUUCGAGAUCCGUGCCGAGGGCUUUGGAGACCACUACACGUUGGUCAAGGAACAACUGAUCCCCAAUCUCCGUGCUGCGCUGUGCCAAUAUCAAGUAGACCUGAUUGAACAGCACUCCAAGGACGUACAACAGUCGUGA